UGCCGCUUGCAACAAUGGUAUUUCUCCCUAUUAACAUUUCAUUGAAUAUUCUAUUUUACAAUAUCUAGAUCUUUUUUUAAUCCUAUAUAGAUAAAAUUAUUAUGGUACGAGUUCAUGAGUGCAGGCAAAUAAUACGCUGUGUAUCGUCAAUAACAAAUUUCGUGGUUACCGUGAUUACUUGGUAAUAUUACAUCAAUGGGUUUUAUAUUUACACUAACACUAUGUAGAUAAUAGUGUUGUUGAAACAGACAACUUAUAAACAGUGAUGAGUGGAUGGACAGUACCGUUGAAAUUAGGUAACCACGUAAUUCCGUUCACAUGAAAACGAGAAAAAUUUUUUUUGUUAUUAUCCAACAGAGAAGUGCUCUCAGUUAAUAUAUACAUUUUUUUAUGGUGACCACAAUUGUUGGUGAUUUCUAGAAGACCAUGCGAUCUUUGGAAAUGACUGCGUCAUGGAAUGAAGAAGAUGAGGAUGUAGAAGUUGAAGACAUGGAACUCCGAAAGCACCCAAAUGACGGAAGAGAUGAUCUCACAGAAUCAAGCAGUGAUGAAGCAACUGAAAAAAAGAGACGAAAACAUGGAGGAAGCGCAUCUAGUGGCAGUGCCUCAAGUGGAACCACAAUUCGACGGCGGAAAACGUGCAUCAGUGCGAGAGAGAGAAAUUUAAGAAGACUGGAAAGUAAUGAAAGAGAGAGAAUGAGGAUGCAUUCACUAAACGAUGCGUUUGAACAACUCAGAGAAGUCAUUCCACACAUUAAAAUGGAACGAAAACUAUCAAAAAUAGAAACUUUAACGUUAGCAAAAAAUUAUAUAAUGGCGUUAACUAACGUCAUUUGUGACAUGCGAGGAGAAGAGAAACAUUAUACAUUCGUCCAAGAUAUGGAAAGCGAUGGAGGUGAAAUGGAUUUAAAUAAUGGUUUAGAUGACACGUCGAGUACGGAGCCUAAUAACAACAACAUAUACCAACAAAAUUUAGAGGCCACUUCAGAUAAUCAUAUAUUGAACAAUCGUUAAAUGAUAGGAAAAAAAAUGCGAAAAAACAUUCCGGUUGUGGAUUUGUCUGAUUGAGUGCGAUAAAUUUAUUGCUUUGUUUGAAUCAAACUACAAUGUUCACCUAAGGUUUAACAAAAUCAGUAAGGAGUAAGAAAGCUUAAUAUUCAUCACAGAGAAUAUUCAUGUGCAGAAGGUUUGAAUUUGUGAACUACCUUGCAAAUUACUGGAAACGUUUUCAUUUUAUAUGUUUAUUAAUUUCAAUACAUAACCGUCAUUUUAAGGCGUCAUCAAAUAGUUAAUUCCUUCUCAGUAGCUUAUAAUAGGAGUAGUAAAUAAUAUUUUCAAUUUACAAUACGAUUCAUGAAAUCAAAUUAAAAAACAUAUAUGUGAGACUAUUAACGCAUUACAAACUGGACUAACACUAAAAUUCUGCUCCCAAUAUUCAUGCAUAAUCAUUUAAAGAACACCGGCCUCUUAAACCUCUAAAAGAAACGGCGCUAUAUGCAAAGACGAUUCAAAUUGUAGAAUAGAAUUCUACAAAAAAAUGAUGAAUAAACAGAAAUGGAGUAGCUAUAAAUGCACUCCUUUUUUCUUAUGAAUCAGUAACAAUGAACAGUUGAGAUAAAAGAGCAAAACUAUAUCAUUAGUCACUGGAUAUUAAAGACUUAUAAUUAAUAUCCUUAAAAGGAUAUGUGGUUAUUAUCAGUUAUGAUAUUAUUUGACCUGUAUUUAUAGAUAGAAAUUUGACAAGCAAAAAAAUUGUUACUAAACUGGCCAAGCUAUUUCCCAUUGCAAUAGAUCCCAACGUCACAAAUAAAAAAUUUUAACAGAAAUAAGGCAAAAUCUAAUGAUUUCAUGAGGACAACUUAUCCAAAUUUUAUUAUCCGUAAAAUAAAAAUAUAAACAGUUUUAGUCCGUGGUUUCCAUUCUCUAUGGUCAAUUUUUAAAGAAGUAGAUUUAUAAAUAUAUACAAUUGUCAACAUAAACAUAUCAUUAUUAUAUAAAUUACAAUACAAAAAGAAAAUUGGGGGUGAUUACAAGUUUAUCUUCAAUUACUGAAAGAUUUUUGAAGCGAAUAGUAGGUUGAUGAAAGUUUUUGAAAUAGUUCAAAUAAGGCCGUUGUAGAGUUUGAUAUGAUAGGUUAUCUAAAAAAAAUUAUCUCGAGUUUUAAUGAAUAUGGUAUUAGUGUUGAUAUAUUGAGAACCUCUUUUCCUUUUGAAACAACUUGAUGUACACUUCUGUUAUCUGGAAAAGCAUACACUAGAUAAAUCAGGGUUACUACUCAAUAUCCCUGUCAUUGUUAGUGAGAGAUAAUUCAAUAAUUAAAUUGAGUUUAGUUGAGUAAAAGUGUAUUUAAUGCCUCCUCGGUUAAAUUAAAUUCAGAAAGCUGCCAUUAUUACGAAAUUGGCAAGAGUGGCAACUUAUCAAGGUCUUAAUGGGAGGAACGGAGCCAGAAUGAAGAAGCGAUGUACUUAAUAUUGGUAAACAUGGCAAGUAAAUUUACACAGCUAAAAAAUUUCAAAAAUCUGUCCCAAGACUUCUAUGCUAUAUCAAGGACGUUUCCAAGAUGACAUUUGAGGUGACAUUUUUGUGAAGAGAGUUUUGUUAUUCAAAUGAUGUGAUAUUUGUUCACUAUAGAACAAAUAUAGAAGAGGAUAUAUUGAAAUUUUAGUGGGAACUCUCUUUGCUCCGAUCGAUCUCUCAUCGCAAAAGCCGAUUAAAGUUUGUAACUGGUCUAAGUAGAUGCAUAUCUGAGCUUCUCUAAUGUACUGAGCAUCAAACAUCAAUUUAUAGUGGGACUGGGAUACCUUUAAAUUCAGAAACCUCGUCAAACAGUUGAUCUAGUACUAUACUUUAAACGAUUUAUCAGAUUACAGUAGAAAAUUUCGAAGAAGCAAUCUGAUUUGGUCAAUAGCACUUUGUAUUCCAGCACUGCAACACCAGGUCACAUACAUCUUGGAUAAAUUGCUAAAAAUUGAUUAAACCUAGUUGUAGAGAAGAAUAUUUCCACCGACUAUAUUAUUUGUGUGGUUUUCACAAAGCUAUCUGACGGAAAAAAGUGGACGUCAAAAUUUCUGUCGCCAAUAUUUUUGCCAUUAUAUUGCCAUUAUAGAUAUUCGACACAUAUAAUUACGAAACUGACGGAAAAACAACAAAAUUUCAAGGACAACAAUAACAUACAUGUACUUAAAUAUUAUAGAUUUUCAGUAAACAUAAAUUCUACCCAAAUUUUCAAUCAAGAAUCGAAUAAUACUUUAAGAUUACCCUAUAUUCGAGUAUGCACUUAUAACCUGUUACUACCACAAUACUGAGAAACUAUAAAAGAUAAUUGUCAUACAUAAAAAAAGUAAUUUGUUCAUAGUUUUACAGAAAUAACAAAAAUAAUAUUUAAUCUAUAACGAUUAUAGUAAUUGCAUUUAAUUAUUACCGAAUGACGUAUUACAAAACUGCCAAAUAAUAGCGUCAAACUAUGGAGAUAUCUAAAAACCAAAUACAUUAGCAAAUAAAUGUGCAAAAAUAUUUUCAUAGCUACUUAUCACAGAAAACUACAGAAAUGUCAAAUAAUAUAUACAACUUUCAUCCAAAAAGCUUUGAAACCAAAUGUUAUUCUAUAUCAUAUAUUCUAAUAAAAGAAAGCGAAUGAAGAAUUAAAUUUUUCUCUCUGUUGGUUUCACGUAACCCUGAAGAUAAGAAUUGGUGACGAAGUUUUUUCCCAGCAGGAGUUUGAAUUUUUACAUAAAUGAAACUUUAUAUAUCUUAUUAUAUAUUUAUUAAUUAUUAAUGGGUACUAAGUAAUUUUAAAAUACAGAUACUACUGAUUUAGUAAACUGAAUGCAUAAUUCUUUACAAAUAAGAUUAACAAAAACAGGUAUCCUAGAAAUUAGCUUAAAUCACUUCAAAUUACCGAUUUCGGCGUAUUAAUUAAAGAAUUAUCCUACUGCAUCAAGAUUUAUGAACAGCAAUUGAAUUAAUUUAGAUCUACAAUAUUAAAAUCUUGAAAUUGAAUCCUUAAAGUGAAAUAUCAAUGAGGACAGUGCAAGAUUUAAAUAUUUCUUAUAAGCAAAUUAUUAUAAGAUCGUAAUUAACAAAUCAGCUUUUACAAUAUAGAAUCUAAUACUUACUGGAACACAGCAUUCACAAAAAAAAAGUUCUUUGUUAAAUAUUUUUCGUGGUGUACAUAGAAUCAUUAAUCCGCUUAAGUCCAGAUAUGAAAAACGUCUUUUAUAAAGAUGAAGAGUCUAUAUUUUAUCAAAAGAUUAGAAUAUUAUUUUCCCUUAGAGACGAUUAAAGGACCACAAUUAUAACAGGGAAUAAUCGUCGACAGAAAAGUCUCAAACUUUCCAAUUAUUAUUUAAUACUGCAUCUGUCCAGAUUAAUAUCUUUGAAAAACUUAAUAAUUUAUAAGUAACGUGGUCGUCGUAUUUAAACAAUCAGUGCUGGAUAAAUUAAAUAUUUUUUUUCUUCCAUAAUAGGUCUACGCCUGUGCCUUCUUUGAUUUCUUUCCUCAUCCUGGUUCUAGAUUAAUAGUCCACCUCUUUCUGGUCGACCUCUACUCCAUCUUCCAACAGGAGAUUUAUCUAUUGCUAUUUUUACCAGUUUAUCGUCUCUCAUUAGACUUGGAAGUUGGUUCCAUUGUUUUCUACGUUGUGAUACCCAUUCGUUAAUAUUAUAUACGGUCUAAUUCUCGGUCUAAUAGUAUUUUUCCCGAUAUUCGCUUUAGAACACGUUCUGAUAACAUCCCACGACCUUAUUUGCUCUAGCUACUUGUCCUCUUACCUCGACUUUUACGUCCCCAUAACUGGUUAUGUCAAUUCCAAGGUACAUGUGUCUCAUUCUCUUGUAGUAUUUGACCUUCUACCUCUAAUUUGCAUCUAAUGGGUUCUUUUAAUACUCUCAUGCAUAUGGUUCUUUCAGUCGAGGUAGUCAUAUUAUACUAUUUUCCUGUGAGAUUAAUUAUAUUUAAUAAUCUUCCGAGUCAUCGGCAUAGCACAAGAUUUUGUUUUCUCUGUCACACAUUAAGUAACAUUUGCCUACCCGCCCCUUUUUUAUGAUUUUAUCCAUUAUAUUUAAUAACUUGAGGCUAAUCGAGUCUCCUUUUCUGAUACCGCUAUUGACUGGUAUGGGUUUUGUUUGUUCACCAUUAAUGCGAGCCUGAACUUGCUUUUCUGAGUAUAUGUUUUUGAUGGAAUGGAUAAUAUUGAUAGGUGGGCUUCUGUUGUACAAUAGAUUAAUAACAUAUUCCACUAAUGAGAUCAAAUGCUUUUGUGAAGGCAAUGAAACAUAAGUUUGUUAUAUUCUACGGAUUUCUCAAUUCAGUUGUCGUAAGAUGAAUACUGUAUCUACACAGAAUCUUCCUGAUCUGAAUCCUUGCUGUUCGUCUUCUAGUGUUGUGAUCGAGUCAAUUUUGUUAGUGAUAAUUUUUGGAACAAGUUUCAAUGUUGUAUUUAGCAAAUUUAUUCCCCUGUAGAUAACCGAAUCUUCUUUAUCUCCUUUUUAGAUAUGAGUAUAAUUGUAGUAGUUCGCCAUCUCUGAUAUUUUACAAUGUAGAAUUUUUUGGGUAAGAUUUGUGAGUUCAUAUGUGAGAUAUUGGCAACGGUACUUAAGUAGUUCAUUAUGGAGUCCAUCCUGUCCCGGAAAUUUUUUUUGGUCGUCAAGGCUUAGUAGACUUGGUUUUCUUAGUAUUACCUUCUUUAAACAUCUCUGUUAGAUAGUCUAUUCAUUUUUCUUCUAAUAUUUGUUUUUAUACUUAAAGUUAAGUUAUUUCAUUCCGUUUUUGUUUAAUCACUGUCCAUAGUGGUUUUUGGAUUAUUUUGAAUUAUUUCGAAUAAUCAAUUUGUAUAUGUUGUAAGCUUUUGGUGUUUGUUACUUUCUAUCAUCUAUUCUAAUACAAUCAAUUUCGAAUACCUUCGUGGAAAUUAGUUAACAAAUAUUGCUCAUAACUAACUCAAACCAAUAUAAAUAAUGCAACUAUUUGCUCAUUACUAAUUAUUUUUACAUAAUUAUAGAAUUAUUCCUUAGAGGAAAACGUCAAUUUUGAUUUAAUCAGUUUUUAUUGAAUCAUAUACAAUUUAGCAUAUUUAUAGAAUAGAAACAACUAUGUCAAUUCUGUCAUGUUACAGAAUGUACUUAAUCGAAUAUCUUGUAUUUUAAUAUGAUUCGAACAUCUGCACAAGCUUUCUUACGGUACGUUUAAAGCAAUUGUGAUUAUUAUGCUUCCAUGUGUUAGUGUCAAAUAGUUUUUGUACAUAAGUAGUUCAAAUUUCCAUGUGUGUACACUAAGUGAUACUAAAAAUACUAAAGAACCUUGAACCACUUUAUCAGAUUAUUCCUCUUCCAAAUUCAACAAAAGACCUCUGAAGUUCAUAUGAAAAGCCCUAUUAUGCAAAAACAUACGAAUACAUAUGGUAACCGUACAUGGUUAUCUGGGAGUGAUUCCACAUUUAGGUAACUAAACGUACGAAAAUUUAGUACCGUACACAUAGUGGCAGCUCAAGACUUUUUGUUUUUGUUAAAAAAUCCUCUUUUAAGAAGACGAUUACGCCUUAGAAGAAGAAUAAAUGUAACUAAUUUAUCCCAAGUUUUCCCAGGAUUGGACUAUUUCUACAAACACGUGACCAGUGUGCGAGAAGCUUUAUAGUUUCACACAAGAAAACCAAAACAUUCAUACGAAUACAUCUCUGGAUUUAACUGUUAUCGCCGAGUUUUUUUUAUAUCUUCUAUCAAUCAACGACUUAAAACGAAUGUUUGAAGUUAUAAUUUCAAUUAAGAAAACGAGGUUAUAGUAAAAGAAUUUACGAGAUAGUUUGUUGAGGUAUUUGGGUAAAUAUUAACUCAAAAUUAUAGUUUCAUGAAAUACUGAGCAGAAAAUCUGUCGACAUAGAUUUAUUAAAUUUAUUAAAUGAUUACAGCUCUUAUAUAAAGAAAAUCAAAAGAAUCCUUUACUAUAUGUACUUCAUAGCUGAGAGUCGAAUUCUUUCAUAACUUAUUCAUAUUGAAUGCUGAUUUUAUUUCUUUUCUCUACUCUCUUAUCCUUUUAUGGGUACAUAGAUUUAUGAUUAUUUUAAUAUUCACACGUACUUUAUUAAAAACUGGAACUUUUGACUAUAAUAUCACCUUUUACUAGCAUCGUUGAAAUGCUUAUAGCAAAGCUUUCAUAAAGUCACUUCUAUAGCGUCCGCCGUUGAAGCUUGCAUUCUACAUGAACCAAUUAUAUCUAAUGCCUUCAGGGGAUCGUAACAAAUAGGAAGAGCAAAUAAAUUUUGUGUUCUUUGAGCACAUGAUAUUAUUCAUAUGUUGAUUGUUUUGUUUUCCUCUUGGCAACAUUCGGAGUGGUUGGAGAAGAAUGGACCAAACAACAAACUAUAAAUAAUGUAAAUCAAUUCAUAUAUUUUCAUAUAAUUUUCAUUUUAUUUCAGGUAAAACAAAAUAUCAUAUACAAACAUUUGUUGUUCUUUGAAUAAAUUAUCAAAAAUGUAUCCAUUGGCCUUCAAAAAUUUUCUGCGUCUUCAAAAAGAGCGCCUGCUUCUAACCUCUGCCUUGUUGAAUAUCGGCUGUAGUAAUUCGAAAACUUCGAAUUAGUGCGCAUCAUACAUGCAUAAAAAAUGAUCUAUAGUUAUAAGAUCUAAAUCUUGGAUUCAAAUUAAUAGGACCAUCCCAGUUAAUAGGACCAUUCCAACCAAUACAACGCCUUGGAAAAAACAAACCUGACGAGCAAAUAUAGGUGUAGAAGCACCAACAUGUCAAGAGUACAUUUGUAUUCUAUUGUUUAUAGGAACAAACUGUAGUAGUUCUUUUAAUUUCUUUAAUAGAAAAUGGAACUACUGGUAUCUUGUGAAAUUAACGAAACGAUUUGAAGAGCUUGUCACAGCAACUAGCGCUCUGUGUGGGUGGAGUUAUUAAAAGAACACUACUAUUAACACAAUUUUAAGAUAUGAAUUUUGAGUAAUGACUUUGAAACAAAUAAGAGUCGAAUAAAAUUAUAUGAUUUUUUACAUGUUAUUUUCAAAUUCUUAAGUAUAUGAUACUAUCUUAUAGUUUAAUCUUUUUCUUCCCACUUGCCAAAUAUAUACAAAUAAUAUAUCAAAGCAUUUUAGAUUAUAUUUAUAAAUAUAUGAUGGGUUCGAUAUUCUAUAAAUGGAGAACAAACGGUGGGUGGUUAUUAAGACCAAACGUGGGUGACAUAAGGAACGUCUAAUAUUCUGCCUUUGUGAAUUUACUGAUCUAAUUCGUAUUAUUUGAAUGAAUAUUUCAAAGCAUAAUAUAGAAUAUCACCGAUAUGAUGUGGCCGAUAAGAAAUAGAAUAAGAACAGUAGAUUUGGAUUAGAACUACAGAACAACUAAAUAAUAUUGUAAUAAUAUAGUCACAAAACGAAUUUUAUUUAUUAUUUUGUACUAUAUUUUGUACGUACCAUUAGACAUAUAAGUAGUAUGGACAGUUUCUAUAAGUGAAAGCUGUUCCGACAAAGGAAGACAGAAUGAAAACGAUUUCUUUAUCCUCUGAGGCUUCAGCUCGAUUCUACGCAUUCUCAAGCAUGCAUCGAUUUAGGAAAAUGAUAUUUCGCCGGUAGGGUGCGCUACUUUUUAAGGAGUACUCGUUUGCUAUUGACAGCUCCAAAAUAAAUAUUUGUAGAAACAUGCAAUUGAAUAAAAGGAAAUUUUUGAAACCUCGGACAUUUUUCUUUCACACUUUUGGACACUUUUGGAUACACCGAGAUGGUUCUUCUCACCUCUACCCUCCAUAGUGUAUAUAAAUAAUGUGAAAUAUCAAAUACCAUUCCAACCCCUUGCAUCUAUACUUCGUGCUUCCAUUCUUCUAGUUACUUAAUUUUAAACCAAUGACAAAAAAAUAUAACUCCAGAAUCUUCUUUUUCUUUAAAUGAACAAUGAAAAUGAAAAAAUCAGUAAUUUUGAAACAUACAUUUUUCCCGCCUCAUGUCUAAAUUUUUAAGCGAUAUUCAUUGGUACAUGUAUAACAAAAUCAGUUAAUGUUUUUUGAAAAUAACUGUCAAAUCGUCUUAAUAAAUGACAAUUGACCAAACGUAAUUUAGAAUUAAACAUUUUUAUUUAUUUAAUUUCUAUUGAUAUUUUUGAGAAAAUACAGUGGAAAAGAAUCUGCCUAAUUAAUGCGUACUUAAAAGGCAUGUCGAAUAAUAUUUGUUUAUAUUAAACCCAAAUAUUUGUACGUAUAAAACAAACUAUAAUAAUUGAGGUUCUUUGAUAAGUUUAGUACCAUGGAAACAAUGUACAUCUUCUUCGCUUAAAAUUUAUUUAUUAAAUAAUAAUCUAUUCCUAAAAUUUAUUUUUAUAUUAGCUUAUAAGUGAUAAGAUGUUAUAAACGGUUAUAAAGAGAUUAUAUAUUAUACAUGUUUUCAUAUAAAGUUUAAUAUAUAAAACUAAUUGUUAAGUAAACUUAUUGUGGACAAGUUACCGUAUUGAGGAGUAUUAGAUACUCUUUUCAUGUAUGCUCAAAGUAAAGAAAACAAACAAUGAUUGAAAGUGGUAAGAAAAUGUUGCGUUAUUAAGACUGUACCUACAUUAGUAUUAUAACAUCACUAAAAUGUAGAAACUCUGUAAAUUGUAUAUACCCUAAUGUAUAUGUCUAUGAACUGGCUGAUUCGCUACAAUCUAUAUUUUUAAUUAUUUUACAUGUUCAGUGGUUCAUUACGGUACAUUUUUAUAUAAAAACCAACCAUUUACUACUAUCAAAUAAAUAUAAUUCAUAUAUAUUCUCUCAAAUUGUUCAUCAUAUUUCUUUAGUUUAAACUCCAAAUUAUAAAAUGUGAAAUAGAAAACAUCUUAUUGGUACAAAAAAACAACUAAAUUUUUUACCACCCCCAUUUCGUGAUUGUUAACUAAAUUGAAAAAUCGUCUUAAGCCUUUUUGGAAUAUUUUUUUAAGCCUGCUUCAAAGGACUUUCCUUAUUCUUCUUGUAUAAUAUCCAUUAUCGGACAUAUCACCUGUGUUUUACUUCUAUUUACCAUAAAUAUAAGGGACAGUUUAAUGUCGGACCAGAACGUUCAUGUGUAGAAGCUUUGCCUGCAUUAUACUGUCGGUAGUUGGCUAGUCCGGACACGGACACCUAAACCGGGCCGCCUCAGUAAAGGCCAGGACACACCUAUCAUGCAUCCUUCCGAUCUGGCUACGAUCAUACAGAAGGGCGAGUAUCUCGGAAAUGAUACUAGAAUUUGAACAGCGUAGCUCACACCUCCCCGAUCCCACUCUCACACGACUCGAAUCAUGCAUCCGAUCGUGAAGUCUAUUCGUUUAACUGCUGCAGGAGGCCUGUCGGUUGAAAUCUGUAAUAAUAUUGCCAUCGUGAGUGAAUCGCAGUUACUGAAAUUUUUGAACUUUUUGCGCCCAGAACCUUUCGCGACUUUAAUUGAAUCGAUAUGUAGAGAUAGACUAGAGUAGCAAAUGUAACGAGCUCGAGCUGGAAAUCAGAAAGAACUCGGAAGCCUAUAUCAGACCGGAGUCGGAUCGAAGUGGUUUAUGACAAGUCUUAGAAGACAAACCAUCAUCCUACUAUACUUUGUAUAUUGAUUAGUCUUGUCAACUGUAUUUUUGACUUUAUAAACUUUACAGAAACAAAAAUGAAAACUGAGCGUAUUAUAAAAAUCAUUUUGGCAGUGUAAUACUAUAUGAGAUCGUUCAGUUGUUUCCAAUUGAAAGUUAUCAAAUCUACUUCAAACCUACUACCGAUUGGGAUAAAAUUAUAUGAACUUCAUCCAACGAUAUUAUUGUAUCUUCUCAAAACUAAGAAAAACUGCUAAAUAAUGAUGAUUUCCUCCCAAUGUACUAUAGAGUUCCUUUUAGAAUCUGUAUAAGUAUUUAUCCAUUUGACUCUAUUGUUUCUUUUUAUGUCGUAAAUUUCAACUUGACGGUCGUGAAUCACUUCUUUUUUCCUUUCUUCUUCUUCUUCGUCCUUAUUUUUUCAUAUGCUGUCAACUGUUUAACUUAUGUUUUAGAUAAAAAAAACUCUCUAUUUAUUACCAGGUAUUAAAUGAAGGUUACUUGUAUGCAUCUCCCAUUACAUUUUAAGUUUAAGGCUCCGUUCAAUGGAGGAUUUUCCAUAAUUAAAUUAUCUUUCCCUAUAAUGUUAAUCACCAAAUUAUCAAUCUUAUUCAAUUUACACUCCAUACCUUCUUCAGUACCGGCCUCAAUUUUUUUUUGCAGUUAAUGAUGAUGAAUGAUGAUUUACCAGACGAACGCUAUCCAUAUUGACUACCCCACCACUAAUUCAUUUGUGAAGGUUUUGAGCGGUUGCGUACACGAGACCGACUCUAUAUUGAGGCACUUAUUCUGAACUGGAUGUUUAAGAAUGGAUUUCUUUCACAAACGGAUGCCAAAAUAGGCGAAAUACAUGUUUUUCGACCCAUAUAGGUUUUUCCGUUUUCUGUCAAUGUGUAUUCGCCACACACAUGUGAAAUCAUCUCGGAAUGAUCUACACAGCUGCGGCUACUUGUGGGUGACAUUGUUUUGGUUCAAUUUUUUUCAUACUAUAUGGAACGACGUGUAAAAAAAUGAUAAUCCAACUUCAGUUGCGAAAACAAUAAAAUAGUAGGGGAUUUAAAAUGCAGACGAUUUAUUGAGAUAACCAACCAAGAAUGUCUAAAUAAAAAGUUUAAGAAACUAAAAUACUAAGUCAACUGGGUCUAAUCGUCACAAGCAAUUCCAAGAAUAUAAUGAGUAGUUUAGAGCAUGGGAUUGAGUACAUCGGGUUAAGGGUUAACCUAAUAAUAAUAAUGAAAGGAAAUCAUUAUUUUGGCCGUUGAAGAUAUAUUCCUCUAUUUUUGACUAGUAUCAUAACUAAAGUCAACUAACUUGUAAAUCUUUCGGUAAUUUUACCAUCCACGUAUUUUAUUUAAAAUCAGUUGCAGAAUUACCGCGGAAAAAUUUUCUAGAAAAACUAUUGGAUAUAUAAAUUUGUUUGUACCAAUUAAGAUGUUACAUAAAAAUUACCAAUGACUUUCAGAUAAUGAAUGAACAAGUGCAAAAGUUUUCAGUAUUAUCUUAUCCUGAUUUUGUAUAAUUCAUCUAUAAGUAGAAAAACAUGUCCUAUAUUGAAAAGUUAAUUAAAUGAUACCAAUAAUUGAAAAUAUGGUUGUAAUGUUAUAUUUAAAACACAGAAUAAAGAAACAAGGAAAAUUAAUUAGAUAUUUUUUAUGUAUACAUAGUUUAUCUUCAACACUGAAACAAGAAUAUAAUUGAUUUAGGCUACAAAAGGUGUCAAUUUCAUAUAUAAUAGUCCAGAUAAACUGUGGCACAUACGGUUUUUUAUAUAAAAAUGUUCUAAAUAUUUAAAAUCAAAGUAUAAAUACAGAUGUACAGUAUUUUCUGAUCUUUGGUAACAUUAUAAAUCAAUAUAACUCGACCACACAAAUUAAAUGAAGAUAUAUCAGUCGUUUUUUGGGAAAUAUAAGUUCCAAAACGCAAAUUGUGAUAGUAGUAAACUUGCACAAGUUUUUUAGUUUAUAAAAUAUUUUAUAUAUAUUUUAUGACGUAUAUGUAUAAACGAUUGUGUAUUCUUGUAACAGAAAUUUAUCGAAAAGAUUUAAAUUGUAAGUUCUAUCAAAAUAUAUAUAUAGAAAAUAAGAAGCAUAUUAAA